AUGCGUCUUCUAACAAGCUCCAUGAAACCCUCGCUAUCCCGACUUCCAACCGAAAUCAAAAAACUUAUCGUCGACUGUGUUGCACUUUUGACGCAGAAGAGAAGGUACACUGUACUCCCCCAAUUCCUGAAACUUGCCUUCGUAGAUCACACCUUUUAUGAACUUUGCAGUCGAUUGAAUUGGAAUGAGCUCGAUCUAAUGUAUCUCGGAAUCCCUCACCUUGAAGAACUCAUCCAACAUGUUCUUCCUCGUCAAGCCAAACAUGUGCGCUCAAUCAUGAUCGGAUUUCAUCCCGGCGAUGAGUACGACCUCAAUUUUAAACGAGCAACCAAUUCCAUCGCAAUCGACGGAAGUGACCAAUAUCCUGAAGGACAAUUACGCGAGAUUUUGAAGAUGUGUCCAAAUUUGACCAAGCUCACUGUGCACCUCGACUCAAAUUCAUUGGAUGAAUCUGGUAACUUUAUCAUCGACCCUUCAAAUCAGAUGUCAAAGCUCUUGUCGCCGAUCUCGCAUCUUUCCAACUUGACCUACAUCAAGCUAAAUAACAACACAUACAGCGAUCUUAAAGAGGAGUCCUUAGUUAAAUUAAUCCAAAGGAUGGUACAUCUAGUCCAUAUUUGCAUCCACAGGGGUGUUGCAGCCUCCUUUCCAAGAUGUGAUUUCUGCGAGUGUUCCGAAUCCAUUCAACCCACUCUGUCACCACUGGCCGUUCAUCUAGCUACACUACCAUCGCUCAAGGUUAUCGAUUUUGAUCGUGUGAAUUGCUUUGAUUCAGGCUGGAGUAAAAUUAAGUGGAAAGGGGCACUCGAAGAAAUCAUCCUAUUCAAUUGCCACAGGAUUUCUCUUCAUUCCGUCCACGCAUUCUGUGAACUCUUCGAAAACAGUCUGGUUAACCUCUCACUUUACUGUGCCCCUAUCAGUCUUGACGAUAUAGAUGGAUGGCACAUCCUACCCGACUCCGAUCUCAAAUACACCUUUCGCCUUCCGAAAUUGAAGAGGUUGUCUGUCUUUAACUUGUAUCCCCCCGAAUUUCUACACUUAUUUCGACAGUGCUGCAACAUCACCAGUAUCAGCCUGAAACUUACUAUCUGGGAGUCGAUUGCCUAUUUGCCUGCAGACAUCAAAGACUUGAUGGAUCAUGAUGAGCCAAUCUGGAUCCACUUGAAAUCACUGUUGAUCUACCAAAAGGGCAAAUUCAGUCCUGAUGAAGUUGAUUAUCUGAUAGCCCAUGGUGCGAAGGCCGGUGUAAAGGUGGAAUGUGGCCCCCUCAGCAAAGUGGGGAACCGAUUUAUUGAAGAAUGCGUCCGUGACGAUAACUUUCGAUCGCAAUAA